AUGGAGGCAGUAUGUUCUUUAAAACGGAUAAAAGGCGGAAGAAAAGCCAGAAGACUGUUUGAGCUGCUGUGGUUUGAACAUGGAGCAGGAACUUAUUUAAGCUGCAUUGGAAUCAGACAGGACGCUGCCAUGAACCAGACAGGCUGCCCUGAGGUCAAGGUCCCGUUUCCCGUCUUCUUCACCGUUGGAAUCGUCAGCCUGGCUGAGAACCUGCUGGUCGUGGUGGCGGUGAUGCGCAGCAGGAACCUCCACUCACCCAUGUACUGCUUCAUGUGCAGCUUGGCUGCCUUCAACACCAUCGCCAGUGUGACAAAGACGUGGGAAAACCUGAUGAUAGUUCUCGCUGAUGCGGGACACCUGGAGAGGAGGGGUCCUCCUGAGACCGACCUAGACGACGUGAUGGACUCCCUGCUCUGCAUGUCGUUUGUAGGCUCCAUAUCCAGUUUCCUGGCCAUUGCUGUUGACCGUUACAUCACCAUCUUCCAUGCGCUACGUUACCACAACAUCAUGACCAUGCAGCGAACUGCAGCCAUCUUGGGGCUCAUCUGGACAUCAUGUGCAGUUCUGGCCGUGCUAAUGGUGAAGUUCUUCAACUUUAAGUUCAUCGUGAUCUGCUUCAUCGUCUUCUUCGUCGUCUCCCUGGCAGCCAUCUGCUUCCUCUACGUCUACAUGUUCAUGAUGGCCCGCAUUCACGCCAAGAACAUCGCCGCGCUGCCUGGUGGCGGCAGGGACAAGUCUCAUCAUCAGCGGAGGUGGGGCAGCAACAUGAGAGGCGCUCUGACUCUCACCAUCCUGUUCGGGGCGUUUGUGGUGUGUUGGGCGCCGUUUUUUGUCCACCUGGUCAUCAUCACAGUUUGCCCUAUGAAUCCGUACUGUGAAUGCUACCGGUCCUUGUUCGAGCUGCAUGUGGUGCUGAUGAUGAGCCACGCCCUCAUAGAUCCGGCUAUCUACGCUUUCCGCAUGGCCGAGCUGCGGCACACCUUCAGAAAGAUGCUGUUUUGCUCAGACUGGAAAUUUUGCUUGUGACAGAAAUAUAUCUAAAGUUUUUAGCCACUAAACGGUUUUCAUCCGCAGAACAAAAAUAGGUUGCACUGCAUCCUGAUGACUGCGCAACGUUAAACCUGCUCCCCCAAAAGUUCAUAACUCCCCUCAGUGCUUUGAGUCAUUGAUUGGCAGGCGUCAGGAUAUUGUGUGGUUCCUGUGAUAUGUGUCACCAAGCAGCUGAGGCUAGUAGAGGGAAUGAACCCACAUCACUCUUGUUUGCAUUGCUACUUGGACAUUUGGUCAAUGGACUUUGAGCAUACAAACCACAUGUUUGGACUUUUCUUCUGUUGUCCUGCUGGUCUCAGUGGGAAUCCCUAUGACCUGAAAGCGAUUCCAUUGUUGGCAUCUUACUCUUUAAAGCAGCAGCAGCAGCAGCAGCAGCUAGCUUAUAUCAAAAUCCACCUCCACCCAGUGAUCCUCCUGCUGUCUGCAGAAAUGCAUUGCUGGCUGCUUGUCAGAAGCAACCAAUCAUAGCCAGGAGGAGGGUUUCAUUGCUGUAAAUCAUGCUUGUGUAUGCACAGCUGAAGAUUAAGGGUGGAGAAACAACUUAUUGCUGGUCAUGCUAGCUAGGCUGAGCAUUCAGGACAGGCUCUUCGGUGGGGCAGAAAGCAAGAAGGAAUGGUGUGAGCAGUGCGUACGUGAGCCUGAUUGACUCUCUUCCUGACUCUGAUUGGUAGUUUUUUGAUCUAGUGGUGUAUUUAUGUGGAUGGCAAUAGGAGAUUAUCUGUCUAUCAUGACAUUCUGACACUUUUAACAAACGUCUAAGACAUGUUGUUUAUAAAGGUUUCCUACUGCAGAAUUCGCCCAUAUCAACCUCAUAAAUAUUGUCUUGAAGUUUUAUGAUCAAAAGAUUGUUUAGAUAUCUGUUAGUUUACUAAUUUGUAAUCUUGUUUCUAUUUCUAAGUGAAAGUUUAAAAAUUCAGAAAUUAAUUACAACACCCCACAUGUAGCUUCUGAUGAAUCAGAGCUUUAAAUCUUGGAUUAGAUUCUGAACGUUCUGAACGUUCCGGGGAUGAUCACAUGCUGUGAACCUUCAACGAUAAACGGCUCCAAUCAGCAGCAGAUCAGUUUAUCUAAAACAAUUUUUCCCCCUCUCUCUCUUUCUGCGGAUAAAAGAAAAUAAGGCGGAGAAAAAAAAAAGGAUUACAUAUCUGAAAUUGAAAUUUUUAUCUCUAACUGGAUCGUGAGACUUGAUGAUAUAUUUUUUUCUUGCCAGCUAUGCUUCAAUCUCCUAACGACCACUUUCAGGCUGUUUGGCUGAGUUCUAACUUUCCUUUCUAGAGUAAUCUAAAGUGAGAAAUCAGCCUCUGCUUUAUAUAUAUAUAUCCAAAACAACCAUAAAUGUGGAUUAAGGCUGAACUGAUAAAUGGGAUGGUUAACACCCAGCACAACAUGAUCCACAGUAUGUCGCUCUAAUUUUGGUUAUAAUUUGCUGAUCUGGUCUCAUAACCAGAAAGAUCAAUGAGUUAAUUUCAUUGAUCUGUCUGGUUUAGACUUUAAAUGCAGAGACCAAAAUCUCUUUAUUUCGCUUGUUUAUUUGUCUUUUCAGUUCUUAUUCAGUCAGACAUUUCUCUUUAAACAGUGUUAAAUUGUUUGUG